GAUCAUCUUUACUAUAGGAGUCGUUUGCAGGCGAGAAGGAGGCAGAGGAUCCGCAGGAGUCUCGGAGUUACUUCUCCCUUCUGAUUUUUUUUUUAAUUCUCCUUGUGAAGCUCCUCCUCUGUGUGAGCGGCCGGUUCCUCUCUGAAGGCGUUUCUUCUGGAAAAAUCAACCAAAACGGAUCCGAACGAGGAAGACGGACAGCGACCCUCCCUUACCUCUGCAAUCAUGAUGUCGAUGAACAGCAAGCAGCCUUUCAGCAUGCACCCCAUCCUGCACGAGCCCAAGUACACGCCUCUGCACUCCAGCUCGGAGGCCAUCCGCAGAGCGUGUCUGCCCACGCCGUCGCUUCAGGGAAACAUCUUCGCGGGCUUCGAUGAGACGCUGCUGCAGAGAGCCGAGGCUUUGGCCGCCGUGGACAUCGUGGCGCAGAAGAGCCACCCCUUCAAGCCGGACGCCACCUAUCACACCAUGACGACCAUGACCAGCAUGACCUGCACCCCCACCUCCUCGUCGGCGCACCUGCACCACCCGUCCGUGCUCACCUCGCACCACCACCCGGCGCACCACCAGCCGGCACAGGGCCUGGAGGGCGACCUGCUGGACCACCUCACGCCGGGCAUCUCGCUGGGGGGCAUGCCUGGAUCCGACGUCUGCUCCACCGCCUCGCACACCGCGCACGCGCACAUGUCCGCUAUCAACCACAUGCAGCACCACCACCACCACACGCAGUCCAUGAACAUGCACCCGCACGGCCUGGGCUCGCACGGCUCCCUGGGGGGUUCAGGCGGGGACGCGGAGCCGGAUCCCCGGGAGCUGGAGUCCUUCGCCGAGAGGUUCAAGCAGAGGCGGAUCAAACUGGGGGUGACUCAGGCCGACGUGGGGGCCGCUCUGGCCAACCUCAAGAUCCCCGGCGUGGGGUGUCUGAGUCAGAGCACCAUCUGCCGGUUCGAAUCCCUGACGCUGUCGCACAACAACAUGGUGGCCCUGAAGCCGAUCCUCGAGGCCUGGCUGGAGGAGGCCGAGCGCGCGCAGCGGGAGAAGAUGUCCAAGCCCGAGAUCUUUAACGGCGGCGACAAGAAGCGGAAACGCACGUCCAUCGCCGCGCCGGAGAAGCGCUCCCUGGAGGCGUACUUUGCCGUGCAGCCGCGGCCGUCCUCGGAGAAGAUCGCCGCUAUCGCGGAGAAGCUGGACCUGAAGAAGAACGUGGUCCGGGUUUGGUUCUGCAAUCAGAGGCAAAAGCAGAAACGAAUGAAGUUCUCUGCCACGCACUAGGACACCGAAGGGCCGCAGCCCGUUUCCAUAGAGACCAAUCAGAGACAAGCUGCUACCGCGCGCUCGGCAAAAGGCGCGCCGCUGCGCCCGGACGCACCGGUGCGCACCUCCACACCCCUCGAGUCCAGAAAAAGGCACGCUUAACUUCCUCAGAUAUAAAAACUAAUAUAUCUUGAAGAAUUUUGGGAUGAAAUCGAUGCGAAACUUUCUGGCUUUGAGCAGCAGCGGAGCGACGCUCGCAGCAGUGUUUCCUCUUCCCUUCUCUUCUGAGCACGAAAAAAGAGUAUUCUCCACUUGUCACUGUCCAAUGCAACAGCUUUUCGGAAAAGCUGUUUGGACACGGGGCGCCCGAAGACUUUUUCUUGGUUGGACAGAUGGUUCCGCCACGCAGCCGCAGAGAAAACGGGAAACCGGAGCGGCGUUUUCCCCACCUGGAACCUGACUGUCCAGAACCGAAGCGGCGCGGCAGGAAAACAGACGGAUGUGGCAAAUCUUGUACAAAAAAUAAGAAUAAUAAUGACGGAAAGGGAUGGGAAUUAAUGAUGACCAUUGUCCUCUUUAGCCGGGAUAGCUUUUUUAUAUUUAUCAGUGUACAGAUGUUUAAAUAUGACGCACCUCCGUGUGGAAAAACUCAUCCAAAUGCAAAUGUCAUCAGUUUUUACUUUUUUUGUUCCCAGGUUCUUUUAUUCCAUUCCCUUCAUUUUUGGGGGAGGGAGGGUGAGUCCGACCCAAAUGUUGUUUUAAAAUGGGGGGGGGGGAGGGUCCAGAAUUCGUCAGAUUCACUGCAUGGUUUACUGUUAACGGGAGAAGCGGGGCGCUUUUUCUGCGCGCAAAAAGUAUCCAAAACGCACCGCAAUACAAAAAAACAACUACACACAAACACGCACGAACACACGCGCGCACGCUCUUGGCUGUGCGUCUACCUCAUUAGUGUUUCACGUUCGUUGUGAUUUCCAGAUCCAAACACGCACUUGUGGAGAUUUUUGUUCCUCUGGUGAAUUAGGCCUAUAGACUCACUUGUGUGUAAAUCUCACUGCAAUGAUGCUCUGACAAUCAGAUUCUGAUAGUAUUACUCAUGAGUCGCGGGCCUCCCCUCUUCGUGCACAUCUGUGGAGCGCACUUUGUAGAUACUCCGAUGCGGGGAGACCGUCGGCCUUAUUUAUUUGCAGAAAACGUUCCGAUGAGCUUUUUUUUCUUCCUUUAUGUCAUCUUUAUUUAUUUAUUUUAUUUAUUUUGGACAUGAAGACAAACGUGUUUCCUUUGUGAAAGUGUGCUUUAAUGUGUCUGUAAGCGACAGAAGCUGAAAUAAAACCGUGCACGUUUGACCUGC